CCGCACUGAGCCUCCGCACGGACUGUAACGGCAACUUCAGUAUUCGCGUGGACAAAAUGGCUGAAGCUACAUGGUGGUUUUAUGAUGCCUCUGAUGGAGCUCUGCAGUAGGAUGCACGUCUGCCCUCCUCAGAUGAUUCCCGGCCUCUGCUUAGUCGUCCUGUCCAGUCUGAUAGCCUCGUCCCAGUCAGGUUUGGAGGAGGUGUUCUUCAGUCCAUGGGAUCAGACGGUCAUAGAAGGAGAUGAGGCCUCCUUCCACUGCGUGUCUGGCGAAAGCUCGACUCCAGCCAGCAUCCUUUGGAUCAAAGAUGGCAGGCUGGUCACCACUGGGAGGCAAAGCCAAGGAGAAUACGGAGGCGGCCACCAGAAGAAGACAUCAGGAAGGCUUCUUCUUGUCAACGUGAGCCUGGAAGACGCUGGCACGUACGUGUGCCAGACCGUCAACCCUUCACUAAACAUCAGCAGGAAGAGCAGGCCGGCCAAGCUCACCGUACUUGAUCAUGACGUCCUGGACGAUUUAAAGCAGUUUAACAGCUUGUCUGACAGCAACAACUCCAGCAAAGAUUCCCAGUUUACAACACUGCAGACUCAGCAGAUUACUGGACAACUACAUCACAACAAGAAUAUUAAGCUCAUCGUCACGGUGUGA